AUGGAGAAAUUUAACCGAGUACUCCAUCUCAGUCGAUCGGUUCACUUCGACUGUACCAUCACCAUCGACCAGCUCAUCAAUAUCCCACUGCUUAACGGAAGGUUUAAGAUCAAGUGGAAGUUCAACCAGCCCACCCAGGAACCAUCAACAGCAACGGCCACACAGGCAACCACUAACACCAGCCAAGCCAUCGAACAUAAUAAUCACUUUGACUUUCAUCCACCACCAGAAUCACACCAGCCAGGCCCAUCAUCAACCCAGCUAGUCGAGCUACCCAUCAAAUCAGAGCCCAGUGGAGCAACCGAUUACCACGAGAUCAAGAACCAUUCGGUCCUCUUCCGACAUGCCUUCCACUGUCCCAUCUCCGUCAAUCUCGACAAACAGGCCAUCCUCCAACCGAGCAUCCUGACAAUCAUCAUCAAGGAAGAACACGUCAACGAGCUCGGCAGGAGGGUCGUCAGUCGACACGGCUCAGUCGAUAUCGAUCUCAGCCAGUACACCCCUAUCAUGAACAUCGUCGAAGAGCACUCCAACCUCCAUCGGCCUCCACCCGAACACCACCAUCAUCACCAUCAUAAUAACAAUAAUAAUUCCAGUCGGAUCGAAAAGGCCAAGUUCUUGUUGAGAGAGUGUAAGACUAAUGCCAGUCUCAAGCUUCAGAUCCAAAUGGACUACCUCGGUGGUAUGACACCCUUCAAGAUAGCCAAAAGUCUCGGUACUAUCUCCACAACCAACAUCAGUGCACCGUAUGCGGAAGUGCAGAUGGCUCGAGCAUUAUCACAACCGGAUGACAUUAGAUCGAUUUUUAAUUCACGCCAAUCGAACACGUGUUCUCCAGGCUCAUCGAUAAUAUCAUCAGGCUCGAGCCAGCACAAGUUCAGCAUGACGAGCAACAAGCCUGCAGGCUUAUCGACGACGAAAACACAUGGACUAAUGGGAGGGGGAGGAAUCGGGUCAGCCCUGCAGCAACAAACCCAGCCGAUGCUCAAGCUCUCCACCCACUCCGGACUCCUCGGCAGUCACCAAGAUCCCCCCCACCACGAACAUCCUCAGGAUAUCACCUCCCAACUAGCCAAGAACGUCAUCGACGCCAUCUUCGCUAACCCGGCCAUCCUCACCCCUACCCCCGCCCCCUCCUCAGCUACCAAAAGUCGUCGCACUAUCCAUCACCUUAACUCGCAUAAGAAAAACUCUACCAAACGCUCUGUUAAGUCUUCCCGCUUCUAUUAA